AUGCUAGCACGUGGAUUGUUAAUCUCAGCGUGGCUGAGCCUCGUGGUAGCAAUCCCAGUACCUCAAGACGGAGGAGGAGGGGAUACCACCAACGGCCAAGGUCAAGGUCAAGGUCAAGGCAUCGGAGGGAACGGAGGUGGCCAAGGUGGCGGUGGUGCUGACGGUCGUGGUCGUAUUCCACGAGGAAGAGGGGAAAUCAGCGAUUAUUCGUAUACUAGUUCAGAAUUGUCCGAUUCAAUAGUCUCGGUUCCCGAACAACCCGAUUUAUUCUCUAGGGGUCAAGUACGGCAGGGAGAAGAAGAGGAGAAGGAGGAGGGGGGAGGGGAAGAACUGGGUACGAGGGGGUAUCUUAGGUCGACGGCGCAAACGAGACAAAUGCCUAGUAGUAUGAAUAAUAAUGAUUAUUAUAAUAAUAAUUAUCGACAGGCGCUGAGUAGUGCCGGUGGUGGUGUUUACGGUUCUCCUAUGGUGUAUGUGGGGCCUGGUAGCGCUGAGUAUAUGCUUAAGCAUGGUAAUGGUGGUGCUGGUACUAUUGGUAUCGGUGGUACCAUUGGAUCUCGAGGAGGUACAGGAGGGGUUCCAAACUCUGGAUCUGUAGGCGGAAGAAGCGGAGGCCUCGAUACCAGUCUAAGAAAGAAUUUCCCAGGAGGAGUUGGUGGCAGCCCCCCAAACUCCGGACGUAUACGAGGAGGUUCGAAUAAUUAUAAUAGCAACAACCUCAACAGUCCAACCCCUUCGACUUUUAACAACCACCUGGCACCAGGAAUGUUCUCCCGGCCGCCGGAAGGAAGUCAAUCAGGUUGGCCAUGGGAGUAUAUUGAACGUCUACCGUCACCACCACUAGAGAACAGUCUAGGAUUCAGCGGCAUCGCCGGCGGUAUCGUAAAGUCACCACAGUAUCUUUACGGUCCUCAAGAUCAAACGAGACUUUCUUCACCGUAUGGUAGUAACCCGCCUUCAGUACGGUUCAGCGGUAUGCAAGAAGGGAUAUAUAGAAACAGCGGACAACUCGGGAGUACUUUCUCUCGAGAACGGAAGCUGGUUCCGCAACCUACUACACCGUUGGGGAGUAGUAAGUAUGUUAACAAUUCACCUAAUAAAACGAAGAAUACACCGGGGAAUACGGGACGGGGGACGUUGUCUCCGCAUCAAAGUUCACGGAAUAAUGGUGGUAGUGAAGAAGGAGAUCAGGAGGAAGUAAGACAAGGGUUCGUGGAAUCGUUUAGAUCGCAGUACCCAGAGUUUGCGGAGACGAUUGAGUUUGUUACUGAUGGGGAUAAGAAUUAUUCACCUGAGAAGAAGAUCUUGGAGGAGUUUAAAUUUACGACUACGAAUCCCACGCCGAGGAUAGUGACCCCUCCUCUGGUUGAUUUUGGAAAAUUUGGAGCUGGUGCGGAUAGAGGAAAAGCAGGCGCAGGAGCGGGAAGAGGCGCGAACAGUAAUAAUAAUUACAAUAAUGUGGCGGAUAGAAUGGAAUCGGAUUUGUUACCUGUGGAUUUGGAGAAUAUACUUGCGCAGUAUACAUACGCUGAUACGGAGGAUGAUGACAACAAUGAUAAUAACAACAAUCAGAACAAUAAUGGCGUCGGUGGGAAUGGCGGGGCAGGAACAAAAGCUAGUUGUGAUGUUACGGAGGGAGACUGCACUGAUGGUAUCGGCGGAAGGGAGAGUUUACCAUUGGCGGCUCAGGUGACAAGAGCGAAUGGUAAUUUUGAAGUCAGGAAUCCUGGAAGGGUUGCAGGGCUUACAGGGAGAGGUGGAGCGGGUACUAACAGAGCUGUGCCUUCUACUCCAGGUGGCAAUGGAGGGUCACCGGGAGGAAUCCAAGGGUAUCCUAGUAUGAAGGGUCCGAGGAUAACUCUUGAGGACUGA